AUGGGCGUGAAGGGGUGUGUUCGGUUUUCGCUGGUCUCAUUCCUCCUCUCUGUCUCUCCCGGCAGGCUUGGGGACCAGUUCUACAAGGAAGCCAUUGAGCACUGUCGGAGUUAUAACUCCCGGCUGUGCGCAGAGCGCAGCGUGCGUCUCCCCUUCCUGGACUCGCAGACCGGGGUGGCCCAGAACAACUGCUACAUCUGGAUGGAGAAGAGGCACCGAGGCCCAGGCCUCGCCCCAGGCCAGCUGUACACAUAUCCUGCUCGCUGCUGGCGGAAGAAGAGACGAUUGCACCCGCCUGAGGAUCCAAAGCUGCGGCUGCUGGAAAUAAAACCCGAAGUGGAGCUGCCCCUGAAGAAGGAUGGGUUCACCUCAGAGAGCACGACCCUGGAAGCCUUGCUCCGCGGGGAGGGGGUUGAGAAGAAGGUGGAUGCCAGAGAGGAGGAGAGCAUCCAGGAAAUACAGAGGGUUUUGGAAAAUGAUGAAAACGUAGAAGAAGGAAAUGAAGAAGAGGAUUUAGAAGAAGAUAUUCCCAAGCGAAAGAAUAGGACCAGAGGACGGGCCCGUGGCUCUGCAGGUGGCAGGAGGAGGCACGACGCGGCCUCUCAGGAAGACCACGACAAACCUUACGUCUGCGACAUCUGCGGCAAGCGCUACAAGAACCGGCCGGGACUCAGUUACCACUACGCUCACACUCACUUGGCCAGUGAGGAGGGGGAUGAAGCCCAAGACCAGGAGACCCGGUCCCCACCCAACCACAGAAACGAGAACCACAGACCCCAGAAAGGACCGGAUGGGACAGUCAUUCCCAAUAACUACUGUGACUUCUGCUUGGGGGGCUCUAACAUGAACAAGAAGAGCGGGAGGCCUGAAGAGCUGGUGUCCUGUGCAGACUGUGGACGCUCUGGUCACCCAACUUGUCUGCAGUUCACCCUGAACAUGACCGAGGCCGUCAAGACCUACAAGUGGCAGUGCAUAGAGUGCAAAUCCUGCAUCCUCUGUGGGACCUCAGAGAACGACGACCAGCUACUCUUCUGCGAUGACUGUGACCGUGGCUAUCACAUGUACUGUUUAAAUCCCCCAGUGGCUGAGCCCCCAGAAGGAAGCUGGAGCUGCCACUUAUGCUGGGAACUGCUCAAAGAAAAGGCCUCGGCCUUUGGCUGCCAAGCCUAGGACCCCAGGUCACAGAAUGUGACUUGCUGCUGGAGAGGCUGAAUCAGAGCCCAGUUCAAACCAGAUCGAGCCCCUACUCCCAUAUUUCCAAACAGACCAACUGUAAGGAAAAUCAGUAAUCACAGAGGGGUAGAACCAAGAGGGCAAGGUAUCUGCUUACCUCCCACACACAGGUUCAGUACUUCAGCCAGCCCUUCCUUGUUUCUACCAGAAAGAUCUUGAACUUUUGAAGAACAAUCUAAGCCCCAUCCCUGUGGAACCCCUCUCACGUUAGCACUGUGGCUCUCUCACUGGUUCCCAUUUUAAGGGAAGACAUUUUGUGACCACCCAUGAGUCAUUCACGUAUAGUUUGGUGUUUUCUAUUGUGUCCCAAGAAAUCUUCGCACAGCCUCCCUGCUCCCAGCUUAGGAUCUUCAUUCUGAACUCAGCAGUGGAACAAAGGGCUGUGGAGAAGUUGUUGCUUAUUACAAGCCUCCCUGGAAACUUCUAGACUCACAACCUGGAGGCCAUCUUGACAAUGGAGCCCUGAAAUCCCUCCUUGUUCCCUGGUCUCUGUGAAGAGAAAGAGCUGCUUUCUGGACCCCCCAAGAGAGAGCCGGUGGUGUCCCCAGCCACGGUGGUCUCUUGAUGGGGCUGGAGAGGGAAGUGGAGGCACUGAGGGGUGGGAGGAAACACUGCGAAGAUAAUUCUGAACCCUGCCAUAGCCAGGCAGUAUUUGUUGUCCAUCAGGAGUGGUUUUGCAAGGAAACAGGCUGUGUGGUUCCUUAACCCUCAGAGCUGGGGCAUCUGUGAGAUGAGCCACAGCCUAUGGCAGAGGAAGAUGCUAAGACUCUGCCUUCCAACCUGCCUGAGUCCCCUAGUGGGACUCAAGAACUAGGGAGGUGAGUGAAGGCUGCCGGGUCAAGAAUCUGAGUGUUGGUUCAAAAGACUGCAGCUUUGAGAAAACCUUCAGUAUUGAUGUGACACUACGAAUUCCUUUUCCCAGUAAUUUCUUCCUUCCGUGAAGUGUACGUUUGCCAUUGUCUACUGAAACCUGACUCUCAAAAUUUAAGGAUGGGGGAGAGAUGAUUGUUCCCUAAACAAAUAUUUGGGGUGAUAUAAUUAUUUAUGACCGAGGUAGCAGUGAUGCAGAACUGUCAGCUUGAGGGCUGCUCUUGUCUCCUACGCUCCCCAAUAUGCGCUGGACUCUUGUUUUGAAAAAAUAUUUCGAGAAGAAAGAGGUGGGGAGGCUCAGGUUCCCAGAAGUCUGUGUUGGAAGUCAGCCCCGUGAGCUGGCGUGGAUUGGACUGCCUUUGAAUCUCCGCAGCAGUGGCAACAGCAGCAGCACACAAUAACUGACACGUUUCUGGAAAAAUCAUUUGCCCAAAGGGCAGGUCUCGGUGAGCAGGACCCUCGCGCAUGCUCAGCUUCCCUGAAAUCAGCUCUAUCUCUGUGGUCCGGCUGCUUACAACAAAGGCUGGCGUUAUUUUUAGUCCUUCGGCUCCUGAAGAAGCCCCUGGAGGCUCGGAGACUCAGCUGGUUGGGCCACUUCUGCCUGGCUGCAGUGUUCGCUCCGCGACUUGGCAAGAGCCUUCCUUCCUGGUUAAUUGCUCUUGGCCAGUGGACCCAGGGCAGCCUGGCAUGGAGCCAAGAUGUGUUGGUCUCCCCCAGUCCUUUGCAGAGUGACCUGUGGCAAGAGAUGGGGUCACUUUCCUGCAGGGGCCUUUGGCCUCGAGUGAGUUAAGCGCAUACAUAACGAUCUCAUUGAAAGGGCUCUGUCCAGAUGGGAUUUUCAUCUUCCUCAUAAGAUGUUUCCUUCCCCCUGCUGGUUGGUGAACCCGUUUUGGAUUCUGGAGGCCCAGGGAGGGUUUGAGAAGUUGCUGUGUCAUCACAUUGUCCAUUUCCCUGAGAGGGUCACACCAGAGGGGCAGACUUCCUCUCCUGACUGCUCUGGCUCUCUGUCUUCCCACAAAACCCCAAGUGGGGUGUCCUCAAAGGCCAAUUAUUGGUUUUGAAAAUCACUUUGACUUAAUUUUAGAAAAAGGAGUUACUAAAAUGUUCUCAAAUGCCACAAAUGGCUAAAAAGUUGAAAAAGCAAAUCUGAAACCAAACACUGUGUCCCUACACUAGAUACGCCCUCUUUGGGGUGUGUGCAAAUCUGUUCCCCACCUCAACACAGAUGGUGGCCUGCUCUGUCUCCAGCCACACCUGCUGCCACAGAAACUGUGAGGGUGAGAUUGAGUCUCGCAGACCACGGAGGGCGCUGUAAAUCGUCCACAGUGGUAGGCUGGCUGGGGCUCUGGGCUGGACUCUAGGAAGGCUCAGAGGCCCCUUCCCAGUUUCACUCCCUGCAGGAUGGGCCCAACGCCUUCCUCUUUGGAGACCUCAUUUUCCCCAUCUGAAAAAUGGGGAUAGCAAAGCCAGCUUGUGGGAUGGCGCUUUCAGAGUAUCACAAGCAGGCAAAAGUCAUAGGCACAUUUAUCACCUUCUGUUUUGCAAAAAAGUAAGGUGUUGGUAAACUUCAAUUGGUCUUUCUUUGAGCCCCAGAGAAUGAGCCAGAAUCAUAGGGUGCACAUGGAUGAUCAGGGUUUUAGUUUUGUCUCUGCCACUGAGUAGCUGUGUGACCUUGGGCAAGUCACUUAACAAUCUCGGAAUCUCAGUUUGCCCACCUGUGAAAUGGAGAAAAUAAUAUUUGCCCAGCCUGUGCCACAGUGACAUUGGGAGGCUUAAAAAGCAUCAUGUUAUAUAAAUAACCACCGGAGAGCAGGGCUUGUCAGGGAGGGACUCCAAAUGAUUUCUAUGCCCCCUUUCUUGUGUGAGUUGGCCAAUGUUAGACACCUUCUUGGAAUCUCCAUUUUGACCAAAGGGGGUUUACGUUUUAAGGCUGGGCUGCCUAACCACUGUUAGGGCCACUAGGCCAAGGCUGUGACAAGGAAACCACGACUGCGCACGGGUCUGUGGUUGGAGGUGAGGGAUUUAUGCUGGGGUUGGGGACUUCGGAAUGCAGAUACUUGAGACAUUCCCUUCUACAAGAUCAACACAGCCUAGAACGGAGAGCUAACUUCUGGAGAGGGCUAAUUCAGUUCAGUGAACAAUCACUUAAAAACUUUGGUUUAAAGGCGAGCUCCACUACUUUCUAGCUGGUUGACCUUGGGCAAAUGACUGAACCUCUCUGAGCCUCAUUUUCCAUGUCUGUGAGGUGGGCAGAUAUGGCCCAUCCAGCGAUGCUGGUCGAGAUCCUGGCGUGGGGCCCGGCAUGAAGGCCCCCGCACCGUGGUAGCUCCUGUCGUGUAUAGAGGCACCAAGUGGAGAUGAUGAUGCUGUUGCCCCAGCUCAAAUCCCUGGAAUGGCUGGGGUGCCUCUGUGUCGCUUCACCCCGAUGUUGUGGCUCCAGCCAACCAGACAGGAGGUGAGGCUGCAGGAUCCACGCCGGAAGUUGAAACCCUCAGUUUCCUGUAGGUAUUUUUGUGGCACUGCUUUUGGGGCCUGCAGCAAAUCCAGGGCAGGCAACGCUGUGAGGAACUAGAGACUAAGCCCCUGCUAGCAGAUUUGCAUUCUGGCUUUCCUUCUCAACCCCCCACUGACUCAUAGCACCUAAGGCAGGAGCCAGCAGGUCCCAAGUCUCCCCUGCCCCUGUCACUGCCCCAGGGCCGGGCAGGAAGCCCGG